AUGUCAGCCAGUGUCGUGCGUGUGCACUCCCUGAACUCCUACAUCAACUACGGAUGUGGGCCGAUGCUCACAGGCGCUCCCUGUCCUCCUGCUCUCUCCUCCUCCUGCUCCGUUCAUCUCUUAUCCCACGCUUCUGGUUUCCGCUUCCUGUCCCACCUCCUCCUUCAUCACCUGACACCCUGCCACCUCCUCCCACCUCCUCCUCCCACCUCCUCCUGGCGGGGAGCAGAGUACAACGCUCGUAUUCGGGGUCUGAACGCCAGUGUGACUCCUCAGCCCUCCGACCGCCAUCGCUCCUACUCCUUCUCCGGGCAGCGUUCCCGGGGCAUGACCCCCGAGGGGGCCCCGGAGACGGCCCGGCGCCGCACCACCAGCGAGGGCCAGUACCAGAGCGGGCACGACGAGCCGGCCGGCCCCCGCGGCCCCGGGACCCGCAGCCCGGACUUCUCCAACGCCCUGGCCUUCAACGCCGGAGGCCUGGCCCGGGAGGGUCAACUACUUGGCUACCAUGAAGCCUUUGAUCCUGAGGAGUUUGACACUGCAGCUGUGAGCCCUGACUUCCACAGAGGUUUUGCCGACUCAAGAGGACAACUCUCACACUUCCCUCUCUCCUCCAGUAGCCCCGCCCACAGCCCUGAUAGUAUCACCUUAGCCCUGCCCACAGCCCUGAAAGCUGGAGGCGGGGGCCCCCCGGCGCGGGCCGCCUCCCCCUCGGGGGGGGCCCAGGUGAAGGUGGUGGGGGUCCACAGCGUGCCCGGCAGCCCCAACACUCUGCACCGCACCGUGGCAACCAACACUCCCCCCAGCCCCGCCCUGCAGCGCCGCGCCCCCGGCAACAGCAACCGGGAGGCCCCGCCCCCGCAGCCCACCAGCCCCCUGAUUGGUCGAGGCCCCCGGUGGGGGGCGGGGGCGGGGGUGCCACCGAGCCCUCUGGUAGGCCGGCGGCGCGCCAGCAGCUCACAGGACACGCCCCCGGCCUACGCCCGCCUUCCCGUUCUCCAUAUAUGGUAA